AUAUUUACCAUCUCAAUUGCAUUUUCAAAAUCUUGAGCAUCGAAUGAAGUCCAUGAGACAUUCACACGAAUCUCUACGAAGCGCAUCGGCAAAUGCCUGGUCCCAAUACCCGCAGAGCCUCACCUCGCUUCACCCCGCAUUUACGCUAAUGAACUUCUGCUUGAUUGAUUAGUACCUUGGAUUCGCUCAUCAACUUCAAGCUUCAAUUUCCAGCACACGAAUCCUUACUGCUUGCGCCAAUCCACCAGAACUCCCGCCAACGCAGGAAUCUUCACCAACCAUAUAUAUUACACCAAGCAAAAUCAAUCGCAAAGCAAAGAUAAAAUGGUGUAUUUAAAUACCGCCCAAGAAUGGCUCACUCAAUCUUCUCUCCUAUUAAAAGCGCAUCCUAGUACCGUACGUGUCCCUCUCCCUUCCCCUUUCCUCCCCUCUUUCCUCCCAAAACAACUAACACAUCCUCAAACAGACCCGCAUAACAACCAAAUACACGAUCCUCCACGCCUCUUCCUCCCCCCACGCACCCUCCACAACACACUCCACGCCCAGCAAACCCCGUCUCCCAAAGCCCUCCUCCUCGCAACCCGCACCUCCGCGAGCAACCCUCACAAUAACAACCUUUCACCCACACUCAGGUGUAAACCUUAAAUAUACAACUAAUAAAGCGGCGGAAGUAAGUCGAUUGAUACAAAUUAUGGGACGACUUGGGAAAUUGAUGGCGGGAUUACCGGAGGAGAAGGAGGGAUUGGGGGAAAUUAAUAUGGGUGAGGCGCCUGUGGGUGUUGAGGAGGAGAAGGGGGAGGAAAAGGAGAAGGAGGUUGGAAAACAGGCGCAAGCACAGAUGCAGACGGCGCAGACAGCGGGAAAGGGAAAAAAGAAGAAGGGAAAGAAAUAAACGGAUGGUUUAAGAAAUUUGAUUGGGAGGAUCUGGUGGAUAGAUUCUGGUGUUGCUGGAAUAAGUUCGAAGGAUUGGUUGCACAGUGCCACAACUCGGAAGAUUUAUAAUCUAUCUACGGCAUCACAUCACAUCAGUCUUUACAUCGCAAAUCCUCGCUCCUUGCCCGAAAGAGGGUCGAGGGGAAAACACAUAUGGAUUGAGCUGUGUUCCAGCAUGACUUGCUAUACAUAUCACUUUGGUAUACUGUAGAAAUUUGCAUGGUGAGGCUGGCGAAGGACUUUUGGGCAUAGAGGAGAUAGAUACAUGGCUGGCUGAUAUGCUCAUGUGUACUAAAGUAAAUAUAUCAUUCAUCCAAGAUAUC